GUUGGGACUGCUGUGUGAAACUAGAAAGACUAGGGGCUUUUUCGCAAAGCUCCGCGCACUAACCCGCCCCCAAGGCCCCAACCCUAGCCGCCUCCGCCCGCCUCUCCUCCUCCCUCUCCUCUCACGCCGCCGGCGCCGGCGCCUCCCCAACCCUAGCCGCCGCCCCAGUCCCCUCCUCCCUCUCGUCCCACCCGUGCUCUCCCUCUCCCUCUCACGCCGCCGCCGCCGCCUCGAAGCUUCCCCUCCCCAUGGCGCCGCGAGGCUACCUGGCGGAGGUGGCUCUCCUCACGUCGGCCUCCGAGGACCUCGCCGCCGUGGGCCCCGGCGAGAGGGAGGGGUGGCUGGACGACCCCGCCGUGCUCCCUCCCCUCGCGCCGCGCGCGCGCGCCCUCGCCGUCGCCGUUGCGGCGCGGUCCGUGCUCGCGGUUGCCCCGGUCGCCGGAGGAGGUGGCAGGGUCACGGUGAGGCCCGCGCUGGGGCCCGACGACGGCCGGAUCUCCGCCGUGGAGUGGAUCCCGCUCGCUGGGGAGGACGCCGGGGAGGCUGGUGAGAGAGUGGCCGUCGCCGUGGGCACGGACGCCAGGUGGCUUCUGUUAUACUCUCUCGCCGGCGAUCUGCUGCACAAGCAGGUUGCUAUGUGUGAUCGAUCUCUUCUCUCUGGAUGUUUUGUCAUAGAAUCAUACAAUAUAAUGUUUAUAAGAGGCCUGCUUAAUGAACACCGGAAUUAUCAAAAAGGGAAAUGUUAUAGGCUGAAGGAAAAAUCUUACGCAAAUCCAUAUUGGAGUUGAUGCGGCUAAUUUCUUGAUUGAAAAAGGAUACAGUGGCUCCUGGAAUUUGUUAUUUUCUUCAGCAAGGUAUAAUGACCAAAAGACCAAAAGCACAAUUACCCCGACCAGGUCCCAAAGAACCCUUCUUACCACCUCAGAACAUGAGUUUCCUCCAAAUGCACAUUUUUUUAUGCAAACUAUGCACGUUUGUUGUAUUUCGUAACAGCCCGAUGACGAGCUCAUGAGCGUGUUGCAUAACCUGCCAGACAUAAACAUCACCUGCAAGGCACGGCAGGUCAAGCUUUUAAGCCAUCAUAGAGUUUGGUGCUAUUCUGCCAACUAGAUUCGUGCUUGGAUUGGAGGAUGGUAUGGUGCUGCAGCCUCCAAGAGUUACACAUUUUGGUAAUUUAUCUAUUAUUUUUUAUCCUUUUGGAUAUGCAAGGCUUUGUAUAUUAGCUAAUAAGAUAUAACUAAUUGAAGUAGAUUGUCAAUACAUUAGCUCAUUCAUAUUCUAGUGACCCGAUGGAUUUGAGGCUUGCAUUCUACCGGCAAAGUAGGUGGUAUGAUAUUGUGAUUUUGUUUCAUGUCACCGUCUGAUUUAUAGGGAAUGACGAUGUGGCCUUGCACAACUAUAAUCACAAUGUGUACACAACCUGGAGCAUAAUGAACAUAUUGUGACUAUAGUUCUUUUCUCCUUCGGUAUACCUCUUUCACUGAUUUUUUUCCCUUUUCAAAGGUGUUUAUAGAGAAACUUAAUGCUUAUUUUGCCAAAGCCGUCUAUUAUAGGAAAGGUUUGAGAGUACCCAGAAAGAGCUAUCUAUCUAUAUAUAUACAGAAUAGAAUGCACCAUUUCCCCAAAGGAAAGACUCGGCAUCCUAGCGAUCAUAAUUCUCAACCAUAGAGAUAAUGAGUAUGACCAACAACUCUUGCAACUGGCAGUUUUUACAGAAAUGGAAAUCUUGCAGGCCAUCAUCUUAGCAAUAGAAUUCCGAGACUUAUAUUUCCCUUUUUACAUAUGAAAGCAAAAGAAAGAGCAGUGAAAUUGAUUGCUAAUUUUAGGUUGUCACUAACUUAUGUAAGUUUAUUUGUGAAAUUCUAACUCCCAGACUAUUUUCGAAAUUUAUGUAAGUUAUUUCUAAAAUUUGAAAUUUCAUUGCUAAUAUCCUAAAAAUGUGCUUACUAAUAUGUGACCACCCUGCAGGCAACAAAGCACAAGUUCAUCUAUAAUCUGUCAUACAAGUGUUGCUAUCUAUUUAUAUACUGACUACCUACUUUAUUAUUCUUGUAUUUGUGAACAUACUUCUAUAUGUCAGGUAUUGUUCCCGCGAGUCUUGUAGAUGAUCAACGUGGCUCUUUAUGUAGUACUAUGUAUAUGAAAACUAGGACUCUGUAAGUUCAUUCCUUUGCAAUAUUAUUUCAAGGCCAUUAGUAUCAUGCGUAGAUACAAAUUUUCUAAUUAGUGCACAUCAAGUGUAUAAAGGUCAAGAAAGGCAAGGUCAUGGGUGUAUGGUCAAGGUUGGUCACUUUUUCAUCUUAUUUUUAUCUCAUGAAUCCAAUUUUUGGGGCAAACCGAUCUCUGGGUUGUCAAAUUAGUAACAACUGUUCCAUUAAUCAUCCAUCCAAUCGAUAGAUUUAUGCCAAACAUUUCUUUAGCUGUAUUGAAGUUUGGACUGGGCCUGCUUUAGAUCAGGCUUAGUUUGUGCUGGGCUGCAAGCUUGUGUUGUGUUAGCCUCUCAGCUUUGGGCCAGACCAUAUGAGCUCCUUUUUUCUUUCUUGAGUAGACACUGGCUUGAGAUGGUGUUUUGUAGCCCUUAUAUUGACAAAUUCUUUUUUUAACGAAAUUAUAUUGACGGAUUCUUAUUCCUUUAUACUAUGUGGAUAGUUGCUGCACAUUUUUUUUCUCCUUCAAAGUUUUAACAUUUAGGAAAAAAAAUUACUACUAUCUUCUCUAUUAAUAUAUACAUGGCAAAGCUUUUGCUGUCCUUUAAAAAAAAUACUCCCUCCGUUUCGUAAUGUAAGUCAUUCUAGCAUUUCCCACAUUCAUAUUGAUGUUAAUGAAUAUAGACAUAUAUAUCUAUCUAGAUUCAUGAACAUCAAUAUGAAUGUGGGAAAUGCUAGAAUGACUUACAUUGUGAAACGGAGGAAGUACUAUGUAUGCUACAUCAGUAUGUACAUGACUGGAUGGGUUGCCAUGCGGAUGAAGAUGGCACAUUCAUUUGGGUAAAAUGACUUGCAUGGCCAUCAUUAGUUGUGAGGAAGACUUACAUUGCUCUUGCCAUUCAUUUGGGUAAAAUGGCUUGCAUGGCCUAUUUACAAGAUUAUGAGCCAAAUGUGGUUUGCUUUGUUGCAAAUGAAAAUAUAGUAGUUCGCAGGCUGCAAUGUUGCACCAUAACCUGACUAACCUGCAAAGGCUUUGAUAUGAGCCUAAUUGCUUGGUAACAGAUUUUCUAGUCUAAGCUGAAUUGCAUUGGGUUACUGUAACCUGUACUGAAACAUGAAGUUAGGUACCAGCUACUGCUAUUUUCCAUUAGUACAGACGAUUUACACUUGCCCAGUUAAAAUCAAAUGUUAUAGCAAUAAACAAACAAAGUGCAGAGUUAGCACGGAUUUGUGAAGGCUAGAAAUUUCUUGCAUCAGUAGGCACUCACAGCUGCAGUAUGUCAACAGGUGAUUUUAUCAUUUUGGCUGAACCGAGACCUGGUGCAUCCUCUGGUGGUGAGGUGAGCCUGUAUUUUGGUGGCAUGGAUCCAAAGCACUAUAAGAGGGAUCACGCCUAUGUCCCAGUUUCUCGUUAAGGCUACUAGCAGUUAAACACGGGGGAUCUCCUUAUUGAUGGCCACUCAACUGGCUUCUAUGCAAAAGGCUGCGCUGCUAUUGUGGACUCUGGAACUUCCUUGCUUGCUGGUCCUAUAGUAUGUAUUAUUAAUAUCUUCGAAUUAAAGGUCCAGAUCACCUCUAUAUUUGUUUGUUCAUGGUUACUGAGCUCAAAGUUUCCAUUCUGUGAUAAUGUAGUUGAUUGGUCAAGGUAGAUAUUGCCCAAUAAGUCAAUAACUAUACAAAUAUUUAGAUAGUCGCUAGAUGCUAGGUACUGAGUGCAGCUGCAAUUUUCAGCAAUAUGGUGUAUGACUUAAAACCUUUGCACCUUCUGUUCUCUACAGGCUAUUAGUUGCUCAGGUGAACCAUGCUAUUGAGGCUGAAGGAAUUAUCAGCACGGAAUGAUCGGUGGUGGGAACGUGUGUUUGGGGUAGGCGGUAGAUGAGGGAGAAAUAAGUUCUCUAUACUGAUUAAUGCAAACCAUGGUUUAGUAAGAUUUCAAGAGGCUUGACUACUUGAUCAUGCAAAAAAAUGAGCUUUAAGUGCAAUAAGUCGAUGACAUUUUUUUUAGAAAUGCAAAUGACACAUCGACAAUAAGAAUGUGUUUUCAUUUUAGAAAUAGUUAUAUAUAGUUCAUUUGCCAGCUUUGCAAUUAUGCACCUCUCGUAAAUCUUGCCUAGAAGUUUAAUACCAUUAUGACAACCUCCAUGAACCUGUAGGUUCUUUACUGUCCUAGCCAUGCCGGGUGCAGUGCUUAUCAAUCCAAAGGCAAUAUGAUGGUCUCGAGAGGCCUUUGCGCAGACAGAAAAUGCAUCCAACAUUUGGCAGAGUUCAAGAUGUUGGGUGAUCACCUUAUACCAAUCCUUGUAAUAUUGUACUGAUUAAUAUUUGUACAAAUUGAGAAGUAGAUCUUCCUAUCGAUUUUUACAUGGGUCCAAUCUUUGUAAUAGUGAUGCUGGUCGGUAUGAUGUUGUUUAUAUACUAUCAAUUCUACAAUAUAUUUGCAAUUUGUUAUGUCAUAGGAAUAAAUUUGUAACUCUAUUGAUUUUGAUAA